GAGCUGCCUGGCCAAUCUAAGCUUUGAGAAAGUUUGGUCUGUGAUCUUAUUUCAUUAGGCUGAUUGGAGCAGCCUUCCCUCGGAGGGAGAGCCCCUCCCCAGGGAUCCCGGGUACAGUUACACUAGCUGUCGCCGCCUGUGCACGCCCUUUCUGGACAGAAAUGACCCCCCUCACCCCACUCCUCGCCCCCUGCUCCUCCUCUUUUGUGUUUUAUCCAGCGUCUGCUCUCUCGCUCUCUCUCGCUCUCUCUCUCUCUUUCGCUCUCUCUCCCUCGCCCUCUUCCUGCUCCCUCUGCUUCUUCCUCUCGCUCUCUGCCUCCCUGCAGCGCCCAGCAGCCGGCUCCCCAGCCCAGUCCGACGAACGCAAACCGCUGAGAGUUUGCAGAGCUGCUCCCUGGGGCCCGGGCCGCCGAGUCCCGCGCUCGGGCACGGCCGCCAGCCGGCGAGGGAGCGCUGCCGAAGGAAAACCAGCGGGCACGCGAAGGGAGCCGCGCAAGGGCGGCUGAGGAAGGGUCCGGGCGGCUGCGCCGCUAGCCCCCGCGCUCCCCACUCCCGCGCGGCGCUCCAGGAGGCGAACUUGUCUCGCUCGCGGCUCGUGCGGCGAGCGUUUCCCAACGUGAGAGGCCGGGCGCCGCGGGCAAGGGGCGGGGAGCGCGGCGGGCCAGGCGCCGGGGCAGCGCGGAGGCGGCGGGACCCAUGCCGGCGGCCAACAUGAUGGAGAGCCUGCAGCCGCCCGCCCUGCAGGUGCCCGAGCAACGGGGCGCGCCCGAGGGCAGUCCGGUCUGGUCCAGCUCGUCGACCCCCACGCUCCGCCGCCGGCGCUUCAAGAUGCGCCGCACGAAGAACGUGCAGGAGCAGAGCUUGGAGGCCGGGCUGAGCCAGGACCUGCCCGGCGUCUUGGCCCCCGGCAAGGAGUUCCUGCAGCUGCCGUCCAUCGAGAUCACGCCCUCCAGCGACGAGGAUACCCCGUGGUCCAACUGCUCCACGCCUAGCGCUUCCCCGCGCCGCAAACGCUUCCUCCUCCGCAAGUGGCUGCGGGUGAGGGAGCGGAAGGAGUGCAGCGAAAGCAGCAGCCAGCAGAGCAGCCAGCAGAGCAGCCACGACGAUGAUUCCAGUAGGUUCCUGAGUCCUCGGGUGCGGGAAGAAAGCACUGCCAGUAACUCAAACCGCAGCACGCCGGCCUGCUCCCCCAUCCUCCGGAAGCGGUCUCGCUCGCCAACCCCGCAGAACCCGGACGGAGACACCAUGGUGGAGAAGGGCUCAGAUCACUCCUCGGACAAGUCCCCGUCCACACCGGAGCAGGGUGUGCAGCGCAGCUGCUCCUCACAGUCUGGCCGUAGUGGUGGCAAAAAUUCCAAGAAAAGCCAGAGUUGGUAUAAUGUGUUAAGCCCCACUUACAAGCAGAGAAAUGAAGACUUCCGAAAGCUCUUUAAACAGCUUCCAGACUCAGAGCGCCUGAUCGUUGAUUACUCAUGUGCACUCCAAAGAGACAUUCUUCUUCAGGGCCGACUCUACCUCUCUGAAAAUUGGAUCUGCUUCUACAGCAACAUCUUCCGCUGGGAAACUCUGCUGACCGUUCGUUUGAAAGACAUCUGCUCCAUGACGAAAGAAAAAACAGCUCGCCUCAUUCCCAAUGCCAUCCAAGUUUGCACUGACUCAGAAAAGCACUUUUUCACGUCCUUUGGGGCCCGGGAUAGGACGUAUAUGAUGAUGUUCCGCCUCUGGCAGAAUGCCCUCCUGGAAAAGCCCCUGUGCCCCAAGGAGCUCUGGCACUUUGUUCACCAGUGCUACGGGAACGAGCUGGGCCUGACCAGUGACGACGAGGACUACGUCCCCCCUGAUGACGACGUCAACACGAUGGGCUACUGUGAGGAGAUCCCCGUAGAAGAGAAUGAAGUGAAUGACAGCUCGUCCAAAAGCAGCAUAGAGACCAAGCCGGAUGCCAGUCCACAGCUACCCAAGAAAUCCAUCACCAACAGCACGCUGACGUCCACGGGAAGCAGUGAAGCGCCCGUCUCGUUUGACGGGCUGCCCCUGGAGGAGGAGGUGCUGGAGGGCGACGGGUCCCUGGAGAAGGAGCUCGCCAUCGACAACAUCAUUGGGGAGAAGAUCGAGAUCAUCGCGCCUGUCACCUCCCCCUCGCUGGACUUCAAUGACAACGAGGACAUCCCCACCGAGCUCAGUGACUCUUCUGACACCCACGACGAAGGGGAGGUCCAGGCCUUCUACGAGGACCUGAGUGGCCGGCAGUACGUGAACGAAGUCUUCAACUUCAGCGUGGACAAGCUCUACGACCUCCUGUUCACCGACUCGCCCUUCCAGAGGGAUUUCAUGGAGCAGCGACGCUUCUCAGAUAUCAUCUUCCACCCAUGGAAGAAGGAAGAGAAUGGAAACCAGAGCCGAGUGAUUCUUUACACCAUCACCCUUACCAACCCCCUGGCUCCCAAAACUGCCACCGUCAGGGAGACACAGACCAUGUACAAGGCGAGCCAGGAGAGCGAAUGCUACGUGAUCGACGCCGAGGUCCUCACCCACGACGUGCCAUACCACGACUACUUCUACACCAUCAACCGCUACACUCUCACGCGCGUGGCUCGGAACAAGAGUCGACUCAGGGUCUCCACAGAGCUGCGCUAUCGAAAACAGCCCUGGGGGCUAGUGAAAACUUUCAUCGAGAAGAACUUCUGGAGUGGGCUGGAGGACUACUUCCGCCACUUGGAGAGCGAGCUGACCAAAACGGAGAGCACCUACCUGGCUGAGAUGCACAGACAGUCUCCCAAAGAGAAGGCCAGCAAGCCCCCGACGGUGCGGCGGAGGAAGCGUCCCCAUGCCCACCUGCGGGUGCCGCACCUGGAAGAGGUGAUGAGCCCCGUCACCACACCCACGGAUGAAGAUGUGGGCCACAGGAUCAAACACGUGGCAGGUUCCACGCAAACGCGGCAUAUCCCCGAGGACACCCCCAGCGGUUUCCACCUGCAGAGCGUGUCCAAGCUGCUGCUGGUUAUCAGCUGUGUUCUGGUGCUGCUGGUCAUCCUUAACGUGAUGCUCUUCUACAAACUCUGGAUGUUGGAAUACACCACCCAGACCCUCACUGCCUGGCAGGGUCUAAGGCUCCAAGAAAGGUUACCCCAGUCUCAGACAGAGUGGGCCCAGCUCUUAGAGUCCCAGCAAAAGUACCAUGAUACUGAGCUCCAAAAAUGGAGGGAGAUCAUCAAAUCCUCGGUGAUGCUUCUUGACCAGGUGAGAUGCCCCCCUCCCACCUUGCCCGGGUCUUCUGGAGGUGGAAACCCUUCCCAGUGCUCUGAGAAGGAGCACCAUCUCCGUCACCGUCCGCCAGACCCCAUCCUUCUCCUAGGCCACCCGUUGUUCUAACUGUCAAGGCAUCCUUGAGUAAGCUGGUGGGAACACAGGCGUAUCCCCCCAAAUUUUAUCAGUGAAAUAUGCACUGGCUGUGCGGCAGCAAGACUAUGGGUUAGAUGGAAAGAGAGCUGGUUUUUUCCUCUUGGUAACCCAUAGCCAUCUGACAGGCAUUUAAAGAGAGAACCCUCCCUUAUGCCAAGAUUUAUCUUCCCAGAGACCAUGUUUUUCUAAUUCCUUUCGAUGCGUCCCCACCCCCAACGCUGCCUCCUGCCCUCACAACACGCACACAACACACAGCCUUCAGGAGGUGGCUCCUCCUCAGAAGCUGUGCUGAUAGUCUGGAAAGGUGGUUGUCCUGUGUCUUCUUUUCAUAGCAUCAUCUUCCUAGUACAGUUGCCUGUAUUCUUUCUAAAGACUAGAUGUGUCUCGAAUAUAAAUUGGUGCAGCCACCAUGGCCAGAAAUGUGAAGGUUCCUUAAGCAGUUAAAAAUAGAACUAACAUAUGAUCUAGCAAAAACAAAACAAACUAGAUACAUCUGGAAUUCCCUGGUGGCUCAGCAGGUUAAGGAUCCAACAUUGUCACUGCUGUGGUGUGGGUUCAGUCCCCGGCCCAGAACUUCUGCAUGUUGCGGGUGCAGCCAAAACCAAAUAAAAAACCUCAAUUAAGAUUCCAUGAUACAGGUACAACUAGGCACGUACUGUUUUCUGGUUGGUACCUGGCGUGUGUGAAAGAAGGAUGAGACAGUGCAGUCCCAGUGCACAGGAAGCAAAGAGAGGGCAGUGCCGAGCCCUAGUGAGUGGUACAUGACAGGCCGGGAGAAAGAUGCCUGGGAGCCAGAGAAAGUCUGCGUUUGUCCUGGGCCUUAGUGACAGCUGGGCGAGGUUGGAUAGGCAAGAGGGGAGAGGGUCCGUGCGUCAGAUGUACCAAGACAGGGAGGAAUGCAGUGUAUCCAGGGUCAUUGGGAAGCCAAAGUGAAUGAGUGCAAGACGAGUAAGUGGCAGCUAAUGCAGAUUGAUAGCCAUGGAACCCUUGGAGGGGGUUCUUAAUUCAGUGAAAGCAGGGCCACAAGUCAUUGAGAUGCAACGACCCUUAGCCUCGGGCUUCCCAGUGCCAGAUUGGCUGUUCCCUUCUUCCGAAGACUGUGUCCCUUGAGAGGCAGCCCGGUUUUAGGAGCCCUCUCCCUCUAGCUCCCUGGCAUGACAGGGGGCCUGCCAUAGGCGGGCGUGGCAGGUGCUACUGGAUGGUGAGGCCCACCGAGGGCACAAACCCGGGCUGGGGUGGGCUUCCCUGUCUUACAGAUGAAGGACUCACUCAUCAAUCUUCAGAACGGCAUCAGGUCCCGUGACUACACGUCUGAAAGCGAAGAGAAGAGGAACCGCUAUCACUGACAAGGCAGGAGCAGGGGUGUCUGCCGGAGGCCUGUGCAAUACCUGUACAUAGACCAUAUAAAUAUAUAUAUAAAUAUAUAUAUAUACAGAAUAUAAAUAUAUAUAUUAUAUACAGAUUUUAAAAAGAGAUAAUGCCUACACACCAGGGAGAAGGAGCGGGACCGCCUCCUGUGCUGGCCGACGGAGGGGCCGAGGAGGGCAGGGACCACCUCUCAGCACCGACCUCCCCUGAUCCUCCUCCUCCCCAUCCUCUCGUCCCCACCCUUCCCCUCGCUGGCCGUCUUGGCUCUGAGAAGGGAAAUGUUGUUGAGCCAAAGUUAUGCCUGUGAAGACCCCGGGGUGGUGGAAAAAAGUCUCCAGGGGGCAUUGCUUAAGGUGCUUCAUUCCCUAAUCCCUUCUUGAUUUGUUUCCAAAAUAAAAGAGAAUCUCUUCUUCCCCAGCUGCCCCAAGUGUUCUCUUGGGAACAGGAAGCAUCAAGGGCAGGAGCCCAUCCAGACGCUACCGCUACCAUAGGAGGUCCCCCCCACCCCCCCACCCCGCCCCACACAAGGACCACCCACAGUCAGGUGGAGAGGACAGCUGAGAAGGCUGCUCUUGGGGGGCUUGGGCUGCAGGUCCCGAGGGCUUACGCUCUGAAGGCCAUCCUCGUCCAUCGCCCCCUGCGCCUUCCUCUAACCAAUAAGGGCUGGUGACUUCUUCCUUUCCCGCCCCCGCCCCCUUCUCUCUGGUCUUUUCCCAGGCUGGAUCUGGGUGAAGUGUCCCUUUUUAGUGCCUAAAGCCCUAUUUUUUCUCUGUGCCCUAAGAGCACAUUGUUUAUUAGUCAGGGUGGAGCAUUUUUGAUCUUGCUAAACCUCUUUUAGUGAUUAUAAGCAAGUCAGGUCUGGGGCUCUAACCCCUUCACUUGGAGCUGUCAUUUGAUUUCCAGGCCGAAUCAGGGUGUUCUAGGACCUCCAGGGUUGGAGAGAGUGAGCGCAGUAGCCGUGUACGGAUUGCAGGGUCUCGCCACAGAUGGCUGUGUGAGCAGCACUAACGCUCUGGCUGCAGCAUCUUCACUCUCAGUGAAGAGCCCGCCUAGUCGAGGGAGACAACUCUCUGAGAUACUUUGCACGUGGAGGAAGACUUCAGCCUUUGGAGGGAGUGGAUUUGACAAAGGUGCAUGCGUUUGGGCAGCAAAAAGCCAGAUCGAGUCUGCCCUACUGGGGGCCAUUCCAGAUCCUGUUUCUCAGAUUUGGGAGUGGAAGGUCUGGCAGAGGGAGCAAAGACUCCUCUGGUCUCUGCCCCCAGAGGUAUGAGGUCACUGAGGAGGACAAAGAAAACCGUGGUUUAGGAGAGUGAGCUAUCUAGGACCUUUUCAGGAUGGGCUCACAGAACCCAUGAUUCAUCAGACCACUAACUGCUCUUUCUCCAUGUAAUGACCCAAGGAGUCCUGCCAGCCCCAGGCAGAGCUGGCAGAGGUCCUUGAUCAGGAAAGGAGCACACCGGUUUGGCAAGGAGAGCUCUUCCAGAUUGCUUGUUUUAGAGGACGUCUUGAUGGAAAGGGCGGAGGAGAGGAGGAAGACGCAAUCCCUGACCCAGCCCCAGAGAAGAGCAUGCUGCAUUCUCUUGGUCUGGCCUGGGCAUCCCACUUUGGCAGGUGAAGAACGUGUUUGACUUUUCAGUCCAUCUGAGCAGGAUGAGAGGACAGAGGUGAGCCCAGGCCAUCCCCCAAAGGGACUAGGAGGUUCAUGGGGACCAGGAGAAUUGAUAUCCGUCCUUCAGAAAAGGAAAUAAGGUGGACUGUCAUCCUCGUGAAGGGCGCAUGUGCCCACAGACCAGCAGGUCCUUAUACUCCUCUCCAGGAAUUUGAAUGGGAGACCCUGGGGAGGGUCAAGGCUCAUGGGCCCUGAGCCAAAGGAGGAGGAACAAUGCAGGCUGCCAGGCAUUGCCCUGCUGGAGUAGCCAGAAAUCAGAAUUAUUCCCAGAACUUUUGAAAGGAAAAAUGACCAAGUCUCUCAUUCAUUCUCUAUAUAAUUAUUUAUUUAUUUCACUUCCUGAGUUAUUAAAGGUACCAGGGUGGGACUUUCUGGGUGACUUAAAAUGAGCUCUUUGCUGGGAUUAAAGUGGUAUCAGUAAGCCUGGCUGCUCAGAAUUAUUCCGCUUUUGUGUCACCUCGGAGGCCCAUUCUAGGGAGGAGAUGGUGACAGGGAGGGAUGUCCGAGGAGCUAUCUGGAUUUCUGGGGAUUGGAACCCAAGCAACAGUGUGUACCCAGGUGGGGGGAGCUUCCCUUGGCCUGCCUCAUCGCUAAGAAUCAUGGAUCUUGUGUGGGCCCUUUCUAGUCUAAUGAUUUUUUGACUUUCAAACCAGGAGAAAACCAGCACCUGUUCACUCCCAGCCACAGGCUCCCCCCACCCUGCUUAUUCAAUAAUCUGUCAAAAAGAAAGGCCUUCCCCCUUGCAGAGAAGGCUGGGAGUGAAACCGUCAAUAGCAUCGUAACUCGUGGCUGGGCGCCUGGCUUCUAACUCUGUGUAAGGGAGCAUUGAAAGCACCACUUUUUGUUAUUUCUCCCAGCCAGGGCUUUUUGUUCAUUUUCUCCUGUAAGAACGCAGUCAUUUAGAGGAGGCUUUCCGUGAGGGUUCCUAUGGUGAGCCGUGUGAGAGCUUGCACUGAAUGGUGAGACUUGGCAGUUUCUAGGCAGGUGGGAACAGCUUCAGGGUCUGCGUUUCUACCCCAGCUGACUGGGGCGCGAUUGGCACGCCUGGUGUGGGAGAGGCCAGUCAUGUCUGUAGCUCUCUCCUUUCCCCACCCCCUCCCUGGGACAAAGGGAUGGCAUCCCAGGACAGCAAGACUGGCAACGCAAAUCUCUCUGUCAGGGCCCUGGGCUGAGAGAGCUGGCAGACCUGGGCCUGAGUCCUGCCUCUGCUCUUGGCGCAGUCCCUCCUGCUCUCUGAGCUUCAGGACCGUCAUUUGCGUUUCAUUUUUGUUUUGUCCUUUAUAGAACUGCACGUGUGGAAACACGGACGUUCCCAGGCUAGGGGUCGUGUUGGAGCUGCAGCUGUUGGCCUGUGCCCAGGAGCGCCCUUUGUAACAGGAGAGACUUGAGAUGGUUUAGCUCGUUCAGGGUAGGUUCUAGCUUUGGCACAGUCUUGGAGGCCAGGUCAGAGACGGGCAAGGCUGGGCUCUCUCAAUCUUGGAGGGUGCCUCACCAGGAGAGGACAGGCCUUCUGGACUAGAGCUUCCCUGGUGUUUAGAUGAGUGGGAGGGCAUUGUCUGGGUUCCAGGGUGGUUCAGCUUUCUUCUUUAUGAGCUGGGAGGGUUGGGGAGGGCCAGUGAGGGGGUGGGGGAGGGAGAGAGAGAGAGAGAUCAGGCUUGCUGUAUUGCUCUGUAUUAGCCUAGGAGAGUGUUUCUUCCUUUGCUGGUCUCAUCUUAGUUUGGGAAGAGUCCUUCCUUUGGACUUUCUCUAAGCUGGGAAGAGGAGGAUGGUGGCGAAAAGGACAUCCUCUUGGAUUGAGCUCCUUGUCUGUCCCUAGGCUCUGACACCUUUCAUCUGCCCAUCCCCGCCUCCUCCUUGCUGGAGAAAACAGUGGAGAGAAGUCAUUCCUGGUUCUACCCCCUCUCUUGGCUCCAACCUCAUUGGGGUUUGGGUUAAGUGUGAAGCUUUGGCUAAAAUCCUUGGCUUGCCUGAGAGCGCUGGCAGUAAGAAAGAAGCUGGGAUUUUACAAGGAAGGAGAAGGACCCAGAAACUUUAAGAGAGAUGCUUGGGUAGAUGUGGAUUUUUUCCAUUGCCUUGCCCCUGACCCAAGCUGGGCCCAUGUCCGGUACGUUUGCAGGCAGCAUCUCUAGGGUAAAGUCUUGGAGGAAUGAUGAGGGGAGGAGUCUUUCUGGACUGUUGGUGGUCUCAGAAGGAUCCUUUCUGUGCCAUACCACACGGCAUCUUUAGCUCUGCAGGGCAAGGCCAGUGCUUCCUCCCCAGGGUCCCCCAGGAGAAACAGCGCUCUUCUCUUCCCCCAGGUGACCACGCUGUGGUCUCCCUCCUGCACCCCCCACUCCAUCUGCCCGCCCCAGUAGGAGGGUUGAGAACCUCUCUUCCUGACUCUCCUCCUCCAACCCUUGUCUCUAGGCUGUGGGACAAUCUUCCCAUCCACCCCUUGACAUCCUUGACCCUCAUCCCCCAAAGUCCAGCAGGCUGGCCCCAAUCCCCUACACCUGUUUUCUUCCAGAAGAUUCAUUUUGGGGUCUGAGAGGAGUGUUUUUCUGGAAGGCCAUCUUUCGACGCCCCUGCUUUCCUGAUGUGGAGCAGGAAUUUGCACACGGUGUAGAGAGCUACCCUCCCUACCUCUCUGCCCAGCCUUGUUACCUCACUCCUGCUCCGGCCGUGGCUGUGAUGGGCCUAGCCAGCUCCCUGUUUGGAUGUUCUGUAUGAAGCUCAGGGGUCUUGGGCAUUGUUUUCUGUUGUGACUUGAGGUCCUCAGCAGGCCUGGGAGCCCAGAGGGAAGCUUUGGCUGCUGGCAAGAAGCACCUGGCCUGCCAAGAGGAGUCGCAGCCAGAUGAUGUAGCGGACACGCCAAGGCGUAAAGAACACUGUCGUCUCUGCCUCUCGGCCUUCCUUGCUUCUCUCAACAUGAUGAGGCGCUACAGACGCAAAGUGGUGGCCGCUGCUCCAGGCAAGACAGCUGUCUCUGUCUGGAGGGCUGGCCCCAGGCUCAGGGGCCACACGCUGAGAUUGCCUAGUGAAAACAACCAUUUUUGCCAACAGUAGUGUGCGGCUCCCCAUGUUUCUCUCUCCUGCACUCUCGGGCCAGACCACGCUCUGCAUGGACCGGAUCAUCUUCCCAAACCCAUGGUGCUUUCCCCCCGCCUCAACCUCGACUCCAGGGUGGGGAGGGAUGGGUCAGAGGCCCUUGCGGCCCCUGGAUAAUCCUGACAUGGAGUGGAGAGGGGUGAGGCAGAGGGAGCAGCCCCAAUGCCUGCGCUGGGCUACACAUGGGAAAGAACGGGCUGAUCGCAGUCAAGUCGUCUGGCCGUCUGUAUUGGGAUCUCUAACUGUAGUUUGCCUGGCGCUGUGCGCAAGGUCUGAAAGCUUAACUGCUAGUACCUAGAAACAUACAAGGCUUCCCGGUCAAAUCUUAAUGUAAAGUAGCUAGAGCCAUGGAAGUACAGUAUGAAUUAAAAGAAAAAAGUAUUGAUCCACAAUGAA